AGCUCCCCUCCCUUCAGUCAGGUUCGCGGUUCUUGCUUCAACAGUGUUUGAACGGAGCCACGGCGCCCUGCUUUAAUAUCCUGCUUUAAUAUCCUGCUUGAGGUAGUUCCCAGUGACACUUGAUCCUCUUCGAGUCCCCAUCUCUCUCGACAACUGAAAGCAGACGUAAUGGCGUCCCAGGUUCGUCAGAACUACAGCCAGGAGGUGGAGGCGGCCAUCAACCGCCAGGUCAACCAGGAGCUGUACGCCUCCUACGUCUACCUGUCCCUGGCGUCCUACUUUGAUCGCGAUGACGUGGCCCUGAAGAACUUCCACAAGUUCUUCAAGGAGUUGUCCGAGGAGGAGCGCGAGCACGCCGACAAGCUGCUCGCGUACCAGAACAAGCGCGGUGGCCGCGUGCAGCUGCAGGACGUCAAGAAGCCGGAGCAUGAUGAGUGGGGAAAUGGUCUGGAGGCCAUGCAGGCCGCUCUGCAGCUCGAGAAGAGCGUCAACCAAUCUCUCCUGGAUCUACAUGUGCUGGCCACCGAGAAGAAAGACCCACAGCUGUGUGACUUCCUGGACGACUUCCUGGAGGAGCAGGUGGAGUCUAUCAAGAAGUUGGGUGACCACGUCACCAAUCUGAAGCGACUGGGCGUUCCCCAGUCUGGCAUGGGCGAGUACCUCUUUGAGAGACUCACUUUGGGUGACAGCAGCUAGGCGCUCUCUCACUCACACUGCUUCCCCACUCAACCAGUCACACACGCUCACUUACUCUCACAUGCGACACUCAUUCAUUUACCUACAUUCAUUUCCUGACACUCGCUCACGCAUCCUCUUAUACGACAUUAAUUUACCUACACACUCACCCACCCACUCAGCCACUCGUACACAUACACGAGCGCUCGCCCACCUGCUCACUCACACCGAGCCGUGUCUCUCUCAAUCUGUAGUUGCUUCAUGAGGACAGCCGGUGUGUGAUGGUGAUGAUAGUACUCCUAUUACUGCUGCCGCUGUUAUGUUCAUUAUCUUGUAAAAGAUAAUUGCCUGUACUGCUUUGAAGAUAUGGUACCUUUGGUUGAUGGUGGUUGUGGUUGAUUGACUUGGUGGCAAUGGUUGAGUUAGUGGUGGUUGAAAUGGUUGUGAUCAUGGUUUGGGAUGUAGUGGUUGUUGACAGUCAAGAUGUUUGAUCUCAUGGUGGUAGUGGAGAUGGUUGAGGUGGUGGUUUUUUGGCCUAUUCUCUUCUGGCUUCUGGGUUCGCUGAUACAAGUCGGACCUCCUAGUGAGAAAUAAAGAUUCUACGAGCAUCA